UGUUCAUUGUAUUCAAUUGCGAAUGACGAUAGCAUGGCAGUGGCAUGGCGAAGCGGAUGGAAUAAGUGAAAGGAAACAGUAACUGGUUGUGUUUGUGUGCCCCAAAGCUGACUCAUUUUGUGUAGAGUGAGGUGCUUACAUUACUAUACGUUGGUAGGGGUGUCGGCAAGAUUGGGACAAUGGCUCUUGAAACGCUCACAGUGGCCAAAAAAGCAUGGUUUAAUUAAUUUUUUCACCAAUUUUUGAAUAAGUUCAUCGAACGAUUCAUCCGAAUGCCAGAAAGAAAAUUACGCAUGCGUGUGUUUAUGGAAAAUCCACUUUUGUUAUGAUGGUAAACUUCAAUUCUGUCUACUGUCAGUCAGCUGUAUGAACAAGUAUGAUGAACUAAUUAAAAGAAGGGUGUGUUUUGUGAUGUUGUGAAAUUAAUCGGGUGUGAAACAAUGUUUAGUGAAUGUGUUUUUGUUUUGUUUUUGAUAACUAUACCACAGUAUAUAGAUUCUGCCAACCGACUGAGCGAAUACAUCAGCCAUUAUGAACCUCUCGAUUACGAUACCAAAGAGGUCCACAGGAUGCACAGUAGGGCGAGGAGGUCAGUCAAUGAUAACAAUCUGGUGCAUGUGGAAUUUAAAGCACACAGUAAAUUUUUUCGACUGCGGUUGAAGAGGGAUCUCAGGGUCUUCGGGGAUUCCUUGGAAGUGCAUGAUGAAAAGGGAAAAAUUGUGGACGUUGACGCUAGCCAUAUUUAUCAUGGACACCUUGUGGGGGAAUCACAAACAGAUGUCUUCGGAUCAGUAAUCAAUGGAGUCUUUGAAGGCAGUAUCAUCACACCUAAAGGACAUUAUUUUGUAGAAAAAGCUCAUCACUAUUUCCCUUUAUCGAAACAUCCAAACCGGACAUUCCAUUCCGUGAUUUACCAUGAAGAUCAUAUGGACGAUCCCUAUUCUCACAAGCGCAAAGGACAUUCUGCAGGCUGUGGUAUCAAUGGAGAUGUUCUUCAGUGGAUGCAUAACAUUCAAAACUCAGCAGAAGAAUCUAACGACAUUCCAUCACAACAAUCGAACAAAUAUCCUGACACCCAAUAUCUAAGCAGCCCACUCAGUUCGAAUAAAAUUGAAGAACAAUCAAUACCUCCUCCUGAUAUAUUUUUGAACGAAGAAGAUGCAUUAAAUAAAUAUUCCAAGCAAGCCAAUACUCAAAAACAUAGACAUAAGAGAGCGACAGGAAGAGACUUCAAUAAAAAUACUUGUUCAUUGUAUAUACAGACUGAUCCAUUGAUUUGGAGACACAUAAGAGAACAAUUUCCUGAGCACGCCGACCCUAGAAAAGAACAUGAAGUGAAUGAAAAGACAAGAGAAGAGAUAUUAUCACUUAUUGCUCAUCACGUCACUGCCGUAAAUUAUAUUUAUCGAGACACUAGGUUUGAUGGACGCAAUGAGCAUCGUAACAUCAAAUUUGAAGUACAAAGAAUAAAGAUUGACGAUGAUUCCUCCUGCAAAUGUGCUAUGUGUGGAGAUAUGAAUCAAUUCUGCAUGGAAAACAUAGAUGUCAGUAAUUUCUUAAACAUACAUUCCUUAGGCAAUCACGAAGAUUUUUGCCUAGCUUAUGUGUUCACGUACAGAGACUUCACUGGAGGCACUUUAGGGUUAGCUUGGGUAGCUAGUGCUUCUGGUGCGUCUGGUGGCAUCUGUGAGAAAUACAAGACUUACACUGAAACCAUUGGAGGGAUGUAUCAGUCCACUAAGAGAUCCUUAAAUACGGGAAUUAUUACUUUUGUUAAUUAUAACAGUAGAGUACCUCCUAAAGUUUCUCAACUCACAUUGGCUCAUGAAAUAGGACAUAAUUUUGGAUCUCCACAUGACUAUCCCCCAUUGUGUAGACCAGGUGGUUUGAGUGGAAACUAUAUCAUGUUUGCUUCGGCAACAAGUGGAGAUAGACCAAAUAACAGUAAAUUUUCGUCCUGUAGUAUCAGCAACAUUUCCCAAGUUUUGGAUGCCAUAGAGGAUAAUAAGAAAAGGAAUUGUUUCACAGCGUCAGCUGGAGCAUUCUGCGGCAACAAAAUUGUUGAGGCUGGAGAAGAAUGUGAUUGUGGAUAUGAUGAGAAUGAAUGCCAAGACAAGUGCUGUUAUCCUAGGACUCUGAGUAUUGAAGAUAGAAGAAACUCCACUGCUAAGGGAUGCCAAAGAAGAGCUGGAACUCAAUGCAGUCCCAGCCAAGGUCCUUGUUGCAGUAGCGAAACCUGUAAAUUUGUGCCAUUUUACCAGAACGAAGUCUGUAAACCAAAAUCAGAUUGUUCCAUGCCAUCUAAGUGUAACGGAAGAUCAGCCGAAUGUCCAAAGCCUCAGCCAUUGCCAGACAAAACUAGAUGUAACAAUAAUACUCAAUUAUGUAUUAAAGGGGAGUGCUCUGGUUCCAUCUGUUUGGAGUGGAAUCUACAACCUUGCUCCCUCACUUCUCAGGAUCAUCCAGAUGUAGAUAAGAGGAAACUGUGCGAACUGGCCUGUCAAAAUGGCACAGACAUAUGUCGAAGUACCAGUGAAUUCUCAGAUAAAGUCGGAUUGCCCAAAGGUGGAAUCAGUUUGCGGCCUGGUUCGCCUUGCGACAAUUUCCAGGGUUAUUGUGAUGUGUUUCUAAAGUGUAGAGCCGUUGAUGCCGAUGGUCCCUUGGUAAGGUUAAUGAAUCUCCUUCUUAAUCGUGAUACUCUAGUGAGUGUUGCUCAAUGGGUAAGUGAGCAUUGGUGGCUCUGCUUACUGAUGAGCAUCGGCUUCAUUAUAUUCAUGGGAGUGUUCAUCAAAUGUUGCGCAGUGCAUACUCCCUCAUCAAAUCCAAAGAAACCGGCUGCUCGUAGAAUAGGCGAUACACUAAGGAGGCCCAUGAACACUCUUAGACGAAUGCGGCAUGGUCAUGGUGCUCAUGGACAAAGUAGAAGUAGGAGUCGGGGAGAAAGAUCAAGACCAUCAGCUAGUCAAGGUGGUCCACGACCUGGUUAUGGUGAAGGGAGGGGGCAUCAUUAUGCUCCCAAAGGUAAGGAGUAUUCUCGAUUAGCCACAGCACCUCCAGCCAACUACAGCAGACAAACCCAUCCUGAGCUGUAUCCCGAAGCAUACGAAAUGAGACACAAAGUCUGACAGGAGGAGUCUGGUGCGCCCAGAGUAUCUCCGCCCCCUGAGUAUCCCGGCACACCUGAGACGAAUCCAUCCCAGUUGGACAAUCGUCUUGUCCCACUAACAAAUAAUGAAACUGUUUUACCAAAAACUGUGAGUGAACAAAGUGAAUAUUAACUAAAGCUGGCCAAUGCUCUGUGAUCAACUCUAAUAAGUAAGCAUGCGUCAAGCAUAAACGGGUGCAUAUGUUAGUCACCUUUAUAAUUUUGAAACAAAUUUCUAAUUCAACUGGAACAUAAGUAAGAUUUAUAAAAGACUUUAGUUAGUUAGACUUCUUUUGUUGAGAAGGCUGAUUUAUACUUUUUAAUUAUGAUUAUGUUUUUAUUUAAAUACCAGAUAUCAGGCAAUAAUAAUUUUCACUUGAAAAGUAUAGUCACAGUUGUUCAAUUUGAAGUUCCUCUACUAAACAAAGAAAUAUAUAACAAAUUUUAGCUUAUUGUGCAAUUUUUAUUACCUAUUUAAGACUAUUAUCACUUGAAAAUCUUUACUUUUAGGUAGAAACUUUAACAUUGGUAUAGUCCUGUAGUUCGAAAAAUUUUAACUAAUUCCAACUGAUAAAGACAAGAGUUUAUAUAAAGUUAUUUAUUUCAUGUUUUUUUUAUAUAACUUGAAAUAUACAGUAUUAUCAUUGGUCGAUUUCCUUAAUAUUUGAAUGGUUCAUUUUGUCUCAUUUCAUAAAACAUCUAACUGCUGAAUUUUAUAGGUUAUCACUUUAUACCAUAGUUUUCUUUGAAUUUAUCUACAAUUUAUGCUUAGAUUAUGUUUGGAGCUUAUAUAUUAAGUUGUUGAUCUCUAUUUAUUAACAAUAUCCCUUUUUAUUAUCUUGGAUAAUGUGCUCAAUUUGAGACCUCAGAGAAUUCUUUUCCUUUUAAAAGUAUUGCCUUAUCAAGACUAUGUCCUCAGACUUAUGUAAUUGUCAAGUAUGUAUAUCUAGAUGAAGCGCUUUUGGUUUUUACGUUAGUCAGAUAUGUGAAAUAACCUUUUAUAAUUCCAGCUUUUUAAAUUUUCCUUUACAUAAAACAACACUAGGGCUCACUUUUGUUUGUCUUAUAAUUUUUAUUUCACUACUCUGAAUUGAAUUCAAUUCUGGCUAUACUCUUAUUGUUGAUUAUUGAAAAUCAAAACUAAUUUUAAUUGAGUCUAAUGCAUGGUUUUUGUCUGACAGAUCUGGUAGUUCAACAUGAUGUUUUUGAAUUUCUACUUUUCUCGAAUAAUUUUCCAAAUCAGGAAUUCCUGUGGUAUCACUUUUUGCAUUUAUAUUUGAAUCUUUGAAGGUUCAUUUCUUUGAAAAUGACUGAUAAAAUCGAUACUGGUGGCAUUUUUAUGAAACAACAAAUUAUAAAUGAUGAAAAUUCUGGAAAGCACUCAAAGGAACUAAUUCUAAAUUUUCCAGAGCCAAUGUUUUAUACAAUUCUUGAAUGGUAAAUAUUGAAAAUUUUGUUGUCUUUGCAUUCAGGUAGGAUUAUCGUUGUCACUGGUUAAUGUUGUGCUUAUAUUCUGUGGAGAAUAUAAUUGUAUUAGAACAUAAUGCUAGUCAUAAUGUAAAAACAGACCUUUUUUUAAUUUGCGAAAAUAAGUUUGACAAUUGGUCCUUAUUCUUGAAUAGAUUUUGAUCAUAAAAACCCAGUGAAUGUACCGCUAAUCUACUGUUUUCCAUUCAUAAUAAACUAUUGAAAACACUUCUAGUUCUAAUUAUACUAAUUUCUCUGUUUUUUUUGACAUAACCCUCUCCAGUUUAAAACAAGUGUGAGUUAUAUUGAAGUGCAUUUGGAACAUAUUUUUGGAAAACUUCUUGAAUUGAAAUUGUCACGGAUUUUAAUAAUUGCAAAAUGAAAAAAAAUCACAGCAUUCAUUAGUCUUUAGAAACUUUUUCUACUCGUCAUUAAAAUGUAAGUUUCCUUUUUUUUCUACCUUAUUUUUGCUACUGCUCCAAUAAUCUAUCCUUCCUCUAAAUAGUAUUACUGAGAAUUCAAUUUUUGAAUAUGUUUUAUGAAUGGAAAAUAUGUGCUUUUGAAUUGAACUCAGUGUAUCAAUUUGGAUAUUUGAAAUAUUUUUGUACAGGACUUUUUAACAGAAAAUUGUCUUGAAAUCAUUGUUGAACUGUAUAAAUUUGUGAUAAAGAUAAUUCAUUUCUCUGUUGGUAGUUGCCUCGUAGAGAAUAUAAAUAUCUUUUAUAUUUCACGCUUAACUUGUGUAUUUAAAGAUGUAUAAAGUUGAUAUUAUGUAUAUAAUGAUCAUGAUCGUUUUUGUACAAAAUGAAAGGACUAACAAGUGCUGUGUGAUUUUUGAAACAAUAAUAUUGAUACUGAAGAUUGUUUGCUUCCUAACAAUAAUUUGUUGAUUUGGAUUUGAUUCACUGAUAUGUGAAAUUGUAAUUUGUAUUACAGAAUAGAACAAUUUGUUUACUUAUUAGAAAGAAAUUUAACUGAAGAAGUUAUCUGAAGAAAACUUGAGAUAUGUAUUUUGAAUAUGAAAAUAGAUCUAACAGUUUUAGUUUAUAGAAGAAUAUUUUUUUUUAUUCUUCUGUUACUCUUUUUCAUUAUAUAUUGAAAUUUUUUAUGUUCCUCACUGUAGAAUAAUACUCAAGUUCUGAUGUUCGUAGAUCUGUUUCAAUUAAAAUGAUUAACUUUUGGAACUUCAAAAAAAUGCUCUAAUCUUUCUCACUAAACAGAGAUGAAAAAAAUUGCUUCUGUUAAAUUAAUUAAUGUCAAUUGAUCUCAAUAAUGAUGUGACUUGUGUUUAAAAUCAUAAAUUCAGAUAUUUGAAGAGACUGUUCAUUAUUCUAAAACAGCAUUUUUUUAUCAUAAAAAAAGAAACGUUUCACACAGCUUCUUGAUAGAAUAAUACUCACUUUACUCAAAUAAUGUAAAGGAACAUCUUCUGAAUGUUUGAACAUCAAUAAUUGGCAUUCAAAUGUAUUUAUUAAUCCAAUAUCAUUGACCAAAAAGUGCAUGUAAUUACAGAAAUAUGUACAAGAACCUAUUUUAAAGUCAUGUUCAUAGUAUUUUCUAAUACUGUAAAUUAUUAUUGUAGGUACCUAUUCAUGUAUGUUGAAUAUAAUAAAAACCUUUUUUCAUA